AUGGCGGUGGCGACCCCUUCCUCGAGCGGCGACGGGCUCGGCGGAUCCGGCGCCUGGCGCGGCGGCGGGGCGGAUCCGGCUCCCUCCCGUCGGCGGCGGCAGCCUGGAGCUGCGGAGCGCAUCGGGGGCGACAGGCUCGGCGGAUCUGGCGGCGGGCACGGCGGAUCUGGCGCCAGGCGAGGCGGAUCCAGGGGAUGGCACGACUGCGGGGCGGAUCCGGCUCCCUCCCAGCAGCGGCGGCGGCCUGGAGCUACGGUGCACAGCGGGGGCAGCGGUGCUCGGCACGAGGGCCGGCCAGGAGGACGCCGGGCGUGGAGGGGGAACGGCGUUUAUGGCCCUCCACGGCAGUGGCGGGGCUCCACGGCGGAGCAGGGGCUGUACGGCGGCGGGCUCCGCGGUGUCGACCAAGGGCGCAUGGAGGCCGGCGGCACCCCGAUGGGCUUGGCGGGCCUCGUCGAUGGGCUCUGCGGGCCCGUCGGCGGGCUCACAGGAUUUUUUUAUUUUUUAUUUCAUUAA